GUAGGAAGGCGUGUUCUCGUUAAGGGCGGUCGAAGCGGGAACUGGAGCCGGGUCUUUGCUGUGGUUUCUCGGCCGGGGAUGUGGGCGAGGCCGAGGCCCAGGCCCAGGUCGCAGGUUUGUGUGUCAGGCCUAAGCCGCCGUUGGCUGCUCGUCGCCAUGUCCUGGCCCAGCUCGGGAGCCCCGGUCUCGGCAUGAGCGGCUGAGCCUCCGCCCCAUGGCCCAGGAGAAGAUGGAGCUGGAGCUGUCGCUCCCCCCGGCUCCCAGCGACGGCGGCCUCAGGAGAUCCAACAGCGCGCCCAUGAUCAACGGUCUGAGUGACAACUCUCAGGUUUUUCAACCAGAUGUCCUGCGCAAUCGGAGGAACAGCACCACUGUCAUGAACCGGCACAGUCAGAUUGUUCCCUCAUCACCAGUUCGUAUCCCCAGCAGCAGGCUGCAUCAGAUCAAACAGGAAGAAGGAAUGGAUCUCAUGAACAGAGAGACUGCCCAUGAGAGAGGCGUACAGGCAGCAAUGCAGAUGAGUGUUUCAUGGGAAGAGAGCUUGAACCUGAGUGAUAAUGACCUGGAUAAAUCUGCUUCGCCAAAGCGCAUUGACUUCAUUCCAGUGUCACCAGCUCCUUCACCAACCAGAGGGAUCGGGAAGCAAUGCUUCUCGCCUUCCUUGCAAAUUUUUGUGAGUAGUAAUGGGCUCCCUCCAAGCCCCACCCCCAGCCCAACAAGGAGGUUUGCCACUAGGAGGAGUCAGAGCCCAAUCAACUGCAUCAGACCAAGUGCACUGGGGCCUUUGAAAAGAAAAGGUGAGAUGGAAUCUGAAAGCCAACCAAAGCGACUUUUCCAAGGAACCACAAACAUGCUGUCCUCUGAUGCCUCACAACUGCCAGAACUUGGCUCCUGUGCAAUUCGAAGUGGCGAUCUGUUUCUCAGUCUUUCAACAGACUGCCUUGAUGGCAGCAGCAGCAAUGGUAGCUCAAGUCAGGAUUCACCAGCAAAGUCUAGUACAGUGAGAGAGUCUCCAGUGACAACAUCUGAUUCCUGCUCAUCUUUCACUGCAGGACCUGGACUUUCACCAAAAUGACCCUGCCUCUCCUGAAAGAAUGUUGGAACAGAGAAUUUGGGAACAGAGUCUACAUCAAUUAAAGCCUGGUGUAAAAUGUGUGGUGCCAUUAAUAUAUGUAAUUGUGUAGAAGAAUGUCAGUGUUAAUGAACUGGUUGUAGUAAUUCUGAGAAAUAUUUUCUCCCUUUUUAAUUUUUUUCCCUUAAAAUUGUUCAUUUAUUUUUUUGCACCAACACUUGGAAUCUGAAAAAUUCUGAAAUGUCUCCUGCCAGAAUCAUAAGCUUUUGACUUUGACUUUUACUUUCAUAAGUGGAUUCUAAGUGCAGCACAGGUUUGUCCUUUUCAGAUACUUACGAGCUUUACUUUCUAUGAAUAGCACUAAACAGAAAUGGUUCUUGACUUGAAUUUAUUUUUAAGCUGUUGUUGAAUAGAUUUUUGUGCUUGGCUUAAAUGAGUGCAAAUGUUAAUGGCAAACCAAGCAGCCAUGAGCUGGGUGCUAGUAUUUUUGCUGUAAUGGGAGAGUUGGGAGCGUGGAUUGAAGGCUUUCUUGACUUCCAUUAGUCCUUUUGUACAGAUUCAGUUACUUUUCUUAUUUCUUUAUUGAAUGAUUGUUGCAGAAGCACCUUUUACAGAGAGUCUCGCAGUUACCUGUAAUAUCAGGCACCUGUGGAGUGUUCAUAGCUAUUAACAAACAUGUGCAUAGUGUAACAUACCAGAAGAAAGGAGACAUUUGCCUAAUUUAAUAUUGUAUUUCAUAACUCUCCAAACCGCCAUCACAGCAUGACUUGUGUGUAUAAUCCAUAGAUCCCUAUAAACAGUUUCACAGGCUUCUGGGAAAAUAAAUUAUUAGUUAUAUAGAACUCUUAUUUUCCCAUAAACUUGAUUUUUUUUGUUUUAUUAGCCUUUUAUUGCCAUGUAUUGUGAUAGUGUUGUGUAAACACAUGUUUAUUUUGCCCUAUGUGUGGAGUUAUCAGUGGAUUUACACCUGACUUACCUGAACGAUCUCCUGCCUAUUAAUAUCCUUAUUUUCCCAUCUUUGUGCAAAAAAAAGCAGGCUUCAGAACAAGGAGGAACUGAUGAGCAUUUGGUUCUGAAAUACUGUAUUGAAUGAAAAUUUAUAUUGUGUAUAUAUAUAUAAAAAAAGUUCUGUAGCAUCA